AUGAGGAGCCCUCCCCCCGCACUGACCAAGAGCUGCCGGGGCCAAAUCCUGGGGGGCCGGCGUUUGUGGGAAGGGUCAGCGGUGCAGAGCAAGCUGGCUUUGGCUUGUACCCAGCGGGUGCCUGAAGGGUCCCAAAGAAAUGCCUUUGCAUCCUCGGGGCCACCUGUGGAUCCAUCCCCUGCCGGCAGCUCCCGCCUGGGUCAAGGGGGCGCUGAGCUCAUCCGGUGA